AUGGCCCGCCACCUCACUGGGGGUCGACCCCCAGUGGGGUUGCUUAUGGAAUAUCAAGGAAAUGCAUAUUUUAGCAACCUAAUGAAUGACGAGUUUGACCUUCACCAUGAUUUUACCACUGAAUCUCCUCAACAAGAGAGUCAAUCUUUAUCAUUCUCUCCUGAAAUUAUUACUCAAACCACAAAGAUAUCACAACACAAAGGGAACUUCACCGUAGAGGAAGACAUAAUGCUCAUAUCUUCAUGGCUUAAUAUUAGCUUAGAUCCAAUUAGAGGAAAUGAGCAAAAGUCAAAGGCAUGUUGGUUAAAAGUGUGGGAGAACUUCAACAAGUACAAAACCUUCGAUUCUGAAAGAACUCAAACUUCUCUAAUGAAUUGGUGGUCGAUGAUUCAACUUGCCACAAAUAAAUUUUGUGGAUGUUUUGCUCAAGUUGAACCGUUGAAUCGAAGUGGUUCGACUGAAAAAGGCAAGAUUCGGGAUGCAAAAAAAUUACCAGUAGGAAGGAAGGCCGCAAAGAAAAACAAAGCCAAAUAUCUUGGAAAUAAUGUUACAGAGCCAUCUUUCGUGAAACUCUUAGAAGAGAUAAAGGUAAAGAACGACAUAACAAAUGAAAAGAAAAUAGAGAUAUUUGAGAAAUCUUAUCUUCAAGAGGAACGGAGGAUUGAAAAUGAGGAAAGGAGAGAGGAACGAAGGCCUACAUUGGAGGAAGGGAGAGAGGAAGAGAGAAUCAUGUCAAUGGAUACAAGUAUGAUGCCUCCAAUGCAAGAACAAUAUAUUCGCCAACGUCAGAUGCAAAUCCUUGAAAAAAGGAAUUAA